ACAAAAACGAGCCAGCGAGUGACAGCAAUUUAUCUUGAUCCUAGCUUGUCCUCUGGUCGAUCUUCAACAAUUUGUUACGUCACGCAAAACCGGGCCAUCAAGGUGCCAUCCAGGUUCUUUGCUCGCUUUGCCAACCCCGCAGGAAAGUGGGAGUCACGUCAGGAGCUAUCCCCUUUGGAGAACCUCAUGAAGCAGGGUAUUUAACAGGUAUCUCAACUUUCAGAUAAAAUCAUCUCCCAGCUUCAAAAACCAGCCCGUCGUUGCAUUACAAUUGCUUUCGUAGAAAUGUUGUCCUCGAGGGCUACCCAUACGUCGUCGCAACUGGAUACUCCGUGGAGGUUCGCACCGAAAUUCGGGAUUUAUGACGCGGAAACGAACCCAGAUGGUGUCAUAUCUUUUGCCACUGCUGAGAAUGCCCGAAUCCAUCAAGAAGUUGCCGACUUUGUGAACUCCCGGGUUGAGUUCCCUUCAUCGGCCUUCACAUAUUACGGCUUCAGUACAGGUGGAGGCUCUCGGUUCCCCAAAGCGUUGGCGAACCACCUCAAUGAAUAUUUUAAGCCCCAUCGAGACAUAGACGGGAGUGAUAUCAUCGCCACAGGCAGUGCUACUGCGCUCCAUGAAGUCUUGGCGUUCAGUCUCGGCGAUCCAGGAGAUGGGGUACUCCUAAGCCGCCCCGGCUAUGGCAGGUUCGAGCUUGACUUUUGGAACAAGGCAAGAAUGCAAGUCGUCUGGGCCGAUACCGAAGCGGAGACUUGCUUCGAUGUGGACGUGGUGGACAGCUUUGAGAAGGCUCUCCAAGAAUCGAAUGCCGUUGGGGUGAAGAUUAGAGCGCUGUUAAUCAUUAACCCGCAUAACCCUCUGGGUAACGUACCAGUUAUUCUAUUAUUAUCGAGUUUAAUUAUGCCCCUGGUGGGAUCACUAACAAGCUUCAAAGGCAAAUGCUAUCCCAAAGACACAAUCGUUGCGCUCAUGAAAUUCUGUCAGAUGCACCAGAUCCAUUUCAUCAGCGAUGAGAUAUAUGCGCUUUCCGAGUUUGAUUCCCAGGAGCACGAUGCAGUCCCCUUCACGUCGGCACUAUCAAUCGACUCCACCGGCAUCAUCGACGAGGGCUUACUGCACGUCACGUACGGCAUGGCCAAAGACUAUGGCUCCCCCGGCCUGCGUGUCGGAGCGCUGAUCACGCGGAACCCGCAGCUCCUGAAGUCCGCUCGGAGCAUUAUCCGGUUCCACAACCCGUCUGGGCCGUCCAUUGUGAUCGCCACCGCUAUGCUCGAGGACCGGGAGUGGUGCCGCUCGUUCCUCGCCACCUCUCGGCAGCGCAUCGCCGAAGCGUACCUGUGGUUCACGUCCGAGCUGCGGAGCAUGGGCGUGGAGUACCUGCGGGGAUCAAAUGCCGGCUUGUUUGUCUGGGUCAACCUUUCGCCGUACUUGCCACCGGAGACUUCGGGGAUGUCCCACCAGGAGAGGGAAUUUGCUCUGGCCCAGAAGACUCUUGACGGAGGCGUCUUCUUGCAGCCGGGAGAGGAGCACGCGCUGCGCCCUGGCUGGUUUCGCAUGGUGUACACAGACAACCCAGAGGCUGUCCAGGAGGGGCUCAAGAGGUUAAAGCUCGUUCUUCAAAAUCUCUCGUGGUAAAUAUAAGGCACAACACUCUGAACAAGUACUGUGUCUGUUAGCGAAGGCAUACAUACGCACGAGGAUAGGCAAGUCGAGAUCUAAUUGGGUAUGGGAACGAAAUUAAGAUGGUCACGAUUUGGAUGCCACUUCUCCGAACUGCUU